UUUGUCGGGAAGGCGCGGCGCCUUUCGUCUCCGGGUUCUCCCGGGCCGGCUGGAGCCCGGCGGGACGGUCGUGAGCCAGGCGUAGGCCUCCCGGGGCCGGCCCGCCAGGUGCUGCGAGAAUGACCAUGGCCCAGGCCGGAGCGGUGGUGGUUGCCGCUACGGGAGUCCUUGUCUUCUUCCUGUAUGCCUCCAUCCACAAGGUUGAGGAGGGACACCUGGCCGUGUACUACAGGGGUGGUGCAUUGUUAACUAGUCCAAGUGGACCAGGCUACCACAUCAUGUUGCCCUUCAUCACCACGUUCAAAUCUGUGCAGACCACUCUGCAGACUGAUGAAGUGAAAAAUGUGCCUUGUGGAACAAGUGGCGGUGUUAUGAUCUACAUUGACCGAAUAGAAGUUGUGAACAAAUUGGCACCAUAUGCAGUGUACGAUAUUGUGAGAAAUUACACUGCGGACUAUGACAAGACCUUGAUCUUCAAUAAAAUUCAUCACGAGUUGAAUCAGUUCUGCAGUGCCCAUACUCUCCAGGAGGUUUACAUCGAGCUGUUUGAUCAGAUAGAUGAGAAUCUGAAGUUGGCCCUGCAAAAAGAUCUCAAUGUCAUGGCACCAGGUCUUACCAUCCAGGCUGUGCGUGUUACAAAACCUAAAAUCCCUGAAGCCAUCCGAAGGAAUUUUGAGCUAAUGGAGGCUGAGAAGACUAAGCUCCUCAUUGCAGCCCAGAAGCAGAAGGUAGUAGAGAAGGAGGCAGAGACAGACCGGAAGAAAGCGCUCAUUGAGGCGGAGAAGACUGCCCAGGUGGCCAGGAUUCACUAUCAACAGAAGAUUAUGGAGAAAGAAACAGAGAAGCGGAUUUCUGAGAUUGAAGAUGCUGCAUUCCUAGCAAGAGAGAAGGCAAAAGCAGAUGCGGAGUACUACACUGCUCAGAAGCUGGCUGACUCCAACAAGCUGAAACUUACCCCAGAGUAUCUGGAACUCAUGAAAUACCAGGCAAUAGCUGCGAACAGCAAGUUGUAUUUUGGCGACAGCAUCCCCAGUGUGUUUCUGGAUUCUUGUGCCUUUCAGCAAGCUGAUGUGAGGACUACCCAAGAAACCAACCUUCCUCCUCAGGAAAUCCAGGAGAGCCCUGCAGACAGCCACUUCAAAACAAAGGGAAAUACUGGCUGACAGAGGUGGAACAGAACCCAUUGUAGCUCAGCAGCUCUCCCAGUUGUGAAUGGGGAUGUUGCCCGAUGUUUGAUGGGGCAGAUGCAGCAUGUGCGUGGGCAUCCUGCCUAUAGUUGGCAGUUGGGUUGAUUUUUCUUCUAGUGAUGAAUUGCAAGCACUCUGCCUCUCUUGUUUCUUCCCUAUAAAAUUGGUGCUUCCAAAUGAGGGAAUAUCCUGUACUAACAAAUUUAUACUGGAAUAUUAAAGGACAGACACCAGGAAAGCCUUCCACAGCAGGUGCAGUUAUUUAGCAAACAUUAUCCUUGAGGUAGGAGAUGUGGCUUUUGAGUGCUGUAUGGCUGCACGCUAUUUCCUACUGCUCCUUGCUGAGACCAAGGAAAGAGUUUGCCUUCAUCUUGCUUGAUACAGCUUCAUUUUGUGGACUCCAUGCGUCAACGUGAUAUAAUUCUCUUCAAGGAUUCUGUGUUGGUCAGCCUCUGAUCCUCCUCUGAAAGAGAUCCAGCAAGGAGUUUGGUGUGGAAUAGAUUAUUUAAAUAGGAUCUGCAUAGCCAUAAUCUUUUCCAUUCCUGUAGGCAGUGAAACUAGAUAAUGACUCAGAGAAAGUACUUUCAGACAGGUUUCUGUAACACCCUCCUCCAAGCUAGAGCCCUGUGCUGGGUGUCCAUGGCUGGCUGCAGCGUGCUUUGCCUGGAUGACUGUACUGUAAGCCAGAAUUCAGAGUGCAUUGGAAAACUUCAUCUGCUUGGGAAGAGGGAGUCCAGCACUGUGAAAUCUGUUCAGACUGCAGCAUCCCUCUGGGUCUUUUCACCAUGGAAAGAAUGCUGAAUUUCCACUGCUUUGCCCUGCUGUGAAGUGAGAAGAGAUGGAAGAGCAACGAGAAAUGCAAGAGAGAAAUGCAAGACGUUGGGCCAGAGGGCAGGAGUCUUUGUGUUACCCUGCUCCUCAAACAUUCUGUUAAGUAUCACAGUGAGGCAGAGAAUCAGUGCCUGAUGUAGCCUGCCCAAGCCCAGUGCUGUCACGUGCUUGCUGUCCCACUUCUGUUGUUUCUUCUGCUCUGCCGCAGAUCCUGUUUGAUUCCUCCGCUGCAAAGCCAGGGAGACAUGUUUCCCAGUGAUGUAGCAAAGGUGAAUUUGUUCCUAUAAUCUGCUCUUCUAUUCCAUGUUCUGCUUUGCCCAUUUUUUCUGGGGUCUGUUUUUUGUGUUCUGUGACAAUCUCAGAAGAUGCUGGCAAGGACCUGAGCCAGAAAACUACGUCCCAGCUUGCAUUGCUGCCGCACUGCCUGCCUCUUAACCUGCUGCAGAGCCUCGCUCUCUUCCGUGUGCUUUGGAUACCCAGAUGUUCUUCCUGCUUCCCUGUCCCUGGCACCAUCUUACCUUAUGGCAAGAGGAAGAACUUGCUUCAAUGUUGAUUCAAUCCAGAAUCAACAGCUGGAACUUCACAUCUGCUAAUGAUUUCCCAAUCACUGUGUGCACAUCAGUCCUAUUUUUCCCUAUCCUGCAUGGCAUGUUUGACUUGAAGGUCUGCAGUGUCUCUCCUUGAGGAAAUUCAGUAACAUACAGUGCCUUACACUUUCUCAGCUCCUGCCUGACUGCCUCUCCUUCAUCUCUGGGAGAGAGCAGGGAUGUUUUGGCCCGUUCUUUCCUUCAGCUGUCUGCAGACUCCCAGUACCCAGAUGGCAGCAUGUUUUGUAGCUGUGGUGAUUGAAAUAUCUCCUGGAAGUAUUCCUGGAUUGACAGGAUCCCCUUUUUCCUGUGGGAAGGGCUGUGAGGAGCCAGUGGAGCCACAUCCCUGGCCUGCUAGCUUCUUGCUGUUUCUGGUUUGCAGCACUGACUUUACAGCAGAAAGGCAGCCUCUCCUUGCUGCAGCAGCAGCAGCCAUUGGGGUUGACUUUUAAAUACAAGCUUUUUGAGAUCAGAAGCAUUUGAUGGUGUUACAGACUCACCUACAGAUCUGCCACAUGCUGACAUCACGCUACAGGUGAGUUAUGCCAGCCUGGAGAUGCCAAGGAGCAGAGGCAGCAAGGAAUCCUGAGAAGCAAUACUAAGUCAUAACAACGAUCCCAUGUGGGGAGAAGGGAAGCUGGUGCAUAAGGUGGUGAGCCUUGGCAGCAUUGUCAACUCAUCUCCUGCCACUGCCCAUAUGGAGACUACCGCCUUGGAUAAAUGUCAUUCUGUGGCCAGAAGUCCUGCAGCAGUGCUGUGUGCAGGAACCUCUCCUGUUCUCAUCUGCUUGCUGCGCUGUUAGUCCCAGCAUCCUGAGCAGGUGUGAGGAGUGUGGUACUGCCUGUCUGCAGCUGGUAGCCAUGGCCUUGGCUCCUGGUCCGGGUUAUGAGAGCAGAGGGAACAUGCUUUUGAACUUGUUUUGCUCCUUUCUCCUUGCGUGCUCUUCUGACUAAGGGGGGGUUGCUACUGGAUCAGCAGCACCUUCUUGCAGGAAACGAUGCAUAUGUUCAAGUUUACAUGCACAGUGUUCUUUUGAUAAAAAAUAAAACUAUUUUGAUACCA